AUGCAGACUAAGCGCAAGAACGGCAGCCAAGCAGGCGGACCUGGCGCGGACGCGAAGAAGCGUCGGAAAGGCAAUGGCGGCGCCAAAGUCAAAGCGGGAGCUGCACCUGCGCCGGCGGCCAAACAACGCGUCGUCUCGAUCAACGAGCAGGCCUGGAAACCUGUCGAGGCACCAGCCGUCGACGGGUCUGAAGGCGUUGGCUUUGAUGGUUUCAUGGGCAUCGAAGAGCUGACCGGUUUUGACGUUGUUCGCAGCGGGAAUGGGCUCCAGUUUGUGACGACGGACCCGUACGACAGCGACCAACAGGCGGAUGCCAUAACCGACGAGGAAUUUGAGGGCUUUGACGACGAUGUGGCUAGAGAGGACGACGCAGAUACGUCCGAAACGAAGGGCAAGGCGCAAGAACAGAAGCCAAGAGACAAGACAAAGGACGACAAGGAAUCGAAUCAAAAAACCAAGAACGACUCCAGAGCCGACGCACAAGCCGACGCAAAAGACAAGAAGAACAAGAGGAAGGAGCAACAACAAAACGCAAAGAGCGCAGCAGCGGAGCCUAUCCCUGCAGGCGCCGAUGACGAACUGAGCAAAAGUGCCGGGUUUGCGUCGCUGGCCGACAUCGACAUGGACGCUCUUGAAGACAACGCCGACGUGGCUGCCUGGGUACCGCUCAAUCUGUCGCCGCCCAUCCUGUCUUGCCUGGCACGGCUCAAGUUCACCACGCCCACGGAUAUCCAAGCCGCCGCAAUCCCUGAGAUCCUCGCCGGCCACGACGUCAUCGGCAAAGCCUCGACUGGUUCCGGUAAAACGCUCGCGUUUUCCAUUCCCAUUGUGCAGCGGUGGAUCGCCCGCAACAACAGCCGCAAUGCCGCAAAGAAAAACAAGAAGACCAAGAACGCAGAAGGUGUAGACGGCAAGAAGAUGGCCCCGCUAGCGCUGAUCCUGACGCCUACGCGCGAACUGGCACACCAGAUCUACAAGCACAUCAAGGAGCUGUGUGGUGCUCUCCCCACCAGCCCGUACGUCUGUCCCGUGACGGGUGGAAUGUCUGUGCAGAAACAGCAGCGCGAGCUCGAGCGGGCCGACAUCGUCGUUGCGACACCGGGCCGUCUGUGGGACGUUCUGAACCUUGGCCCCGAGUUCCUGGCGGCCUUCCAAGGCAUUUCGUUCCUGGUCAUUGACGAGGCGGACCGGCUGCUGGCGGACGGCCACUUCAAGGAGGCCAAGGAGAUUGUUAACGCGCUCGAGCGGCACGAUACGCAGCAAGACGGCUACGAGGACGCACAAGGCAGUGAGGACGACGACGAUGAUGACGACGACGGGACGUCGGGCUCCACGAAGCGGCCUCGGCAGACGCUCGUCUUCUCGGCCACCUUCAACAAGGGCCUGCAACAGAAACUGGCUGGAAAGAGUCGAUUCGACCUGAUGGACGAGAGCCAGUCGAUGGAGCAUCUCCUGAAACAACUCAACUUCCGCGAGGACGUGCCCAAGUUUAUCGACGUGAACCCCGUAUCGCAAAUGGCCGGCCGUCUGCGCGAGCGCCUGCUGCAAUGUGACGCCAUGGAGAAGGACUUGUACCUCUAUGGGCUGCUGCUGCUCCUCGGCAAGAAGCGCACCAUCAUUUUCACCAACUCCAUCGACGCCGUGCGCCGCGUCACCCCCUUGCUGCAAAAGCUCGAGCUGCCGGCCGUCGCCUUGCACUCGACCAUGGCCCAGCAGGCGCGUCUGCGCGCACUCGAGCGCUUCAAGGCCUCAACGCACGCCCGCGGCUCCAUUCUCGUGGCCACGGACGUGGCGGCGCGCGGUCUCGACAUCCCCGGCGUCGACGCCGUGAUACACUACAAUGUGCCCCGUACGGCCGACUUUUACGUCCACCGCUCCGGCCGCACAGCCCGUGCCAACACGGCCGGUGUCAGCAUCCUCAUGUGCGGACCCAAGGAGGUCACGCCCACGCAGCGUCUCGUCGCCAAGAUUCAUGCCCGCGAUGCGGCCAAGAGCGAGCAGACGGCGGCGGCCGAUGGCGAGUCGACUGGCUCCAAGAGCGCCAAGAGGGCAAAGAAGAUGUCGUCCUUUAUCCGCACCGUCGACAUUGACCGCCGCAUCAUUGCCCAGCUGCGCGACCGCAUCGCCUGUGCCAAGAAGCUGGCCGACUCCAUGCUCGCCAAGGAGAUGCAAAACAAAGACGACAAGGCCCUGCAGGAGCUGGCCGACGGCUUAGAUCUGGACUACGACGAAGUCUUUGAGCGCACCAGCUCGGGGCCCAAGAAGUGGCGCAGCUCCAGCCGCAAGGAAGACCUCGACGCCCAGAUCCUCUCCAAGGCCUCCGUCAAGGCCGGCGCCCGCGAGCUCAAGGCGCUUCUGGCGAAACCCAUCAACAUGGGCGUCAGCGAGCGCUACCUGGCUGCCGGCGGCGUCAACAUGCGCGAGCUGAUGCGCAACGGGCCCGGCGAUUUCCUUGGACAUGUCGACUACCUAGGCCUGGACGACGAUGAAGACGAGGACGAGUAA